AUGGCACCCACCAAAGACACAACGACAAUUCCCUUCGAUGCCCUCCCCCUCGACCCGAAGGGCCCACGAGGAAACGCCUGGGGCAGGUUUGGGCCGAAGGAUGAACUUGGUACUCUCAACUUUCUUACCCCCGAGGUUAUCGUGGAGGCCGCAAGGGAAAUCAAGACUGGAGUGCGCAUCUCUCUCGAUUGGCCGCUUAGCAUGCCCUCUUAUCCGAGCUUCAAUCGCGACCCGUUCAAACAGCAGAUAAUUCUCCGGCAUCCCAACUGUAUAUAUGACGACAUCCUGUCCUUCAACAGCCAGGGCUCAACACAGUGGGAUGGGUUCCGGCAUUAUGCGAACCAAAAGUCACAACAGUUUUAUAACGGGCAUACGACGGAUGAGAUUGAGAGCUCCGACGUCAUUGGCAUGCACACUGUUGCCGAGAGUGGUGGUAUCACUGGUCGUGGCGUUCUGCUUGACUUUGCUGAAUGGGCCGCAUCCAAAUCCAUAUCGGUAUCUGCAUUGAGUUCCGAAGCUAUUACUCUCGAGCAACUGAAACAAGUCAUCAAAGACCACAAUCUUGAAUUCAGGAAAGGCGACGUUCUUUUCAUCAGAUGCGGAUUCACUGCUGCAUACAAUAGCUUGGAUGAGAAACAACGCGAAGCAAUUCCGCAACGCUCAAACCCUGAUUUCAGCGGCGUGGAAGCAACAGAGGGUAUGGUCCGCUGGCUGUGGGAUCAACAAUUUGCUGCCGUCGCCGGCGAUGCGCCGAGCUUUGAACGGGCUCCAAUUCGGGGUAGCCAUGCUGAUCCGGACUUCAAUCUUCAUGAAUGGGUGUUGGCUGGGUGGGGAACCCCGAUCGGUGAGAUGUUUGACUUGGAGAAGCUAUCUCAGCAUUGCAAGGCGACUGGCAGAUACAGCUUCUUUUUGUCUAGCAUGCCCCUCAAGGUUGUCGGUGGGGUGGCCAGCCCACCUAAUGCUUUCGCUAUUUUCUAA